AUGCCGGACAAUUUCACCACCUACUUCCCCAGGGUUCUGAAGCAGGUUCAUGAGGGCCCGAGCCUCUUGCAGGAGGCUGUGGGUGUCAUGGAUUCGUUCGUUAAGGACAUCUUCGAGCACAUUGCAGACAAGGCCUCUCGCCUGGCCUGCUCCACCAAGCACACCACUAUCACCUCCAGGAAGAUCCAGACAGUCGUGCACGUGCUGCUGCCCGGGGAGAUUGGCAAGUGCGCCGUGUCUCAGACCAGCAAGGCAGUCAUCAGAAGUUCAUUAUGUCUGAUCCAGCAACAGAUAAAAUGCAGAAGUAGAUGUAAGAACACAUCUGAGUUCUUUAGGCCAGAUAUUAAAGAGAUUUUCAAAGAAGCUGGCUACUCCUCCCAGAAGAUCAGCCCCACCCUCAGCCAGCAGAUCAUUUUCCAGCGCAUGUGUCAGGGUUGCAAAAAGACCUGA